AUGGCUUCCCUUCCCGACGAUUGCAAUAGCAAUACUACUACAGUGGAUGUCAAGAAUAUUAUUAAUACGGUUGCAUUACUGCCAGAGGAUAUCACGAUUCUAAUUGUUAAUAAGUUAGACUUGGUGGGAUUUCAUCGUUUUAGUGCAGUCUGCAGGUCCUGGCAAUCAAUUGCCAUUGCUGCCAAGAAAAUACGGCAGCAGUUUCUCCCUCAACCUCAACUCCCAUGGCUCAUGCUUUCCUCAUCUUCAUCCUCAGAGUCAGAGUCAGAGUCAGAGUCAGAGUCAGAGCAUGGGUUUUUCAGUCUCUUACAUGGCAAAGUUUUUAAAUUAGAAUUGCCUCCUGAAGUCUAUGGCGCUCGGUGUUGUGGGUCUAACUGGGGAUGGUUGAUAAUGGUGGAUAUUGAGGGAUGCAAUUUUCUUUUGAAUCCAUUCACUAAGGUUCAAAUCGAACUUCCACCUCAAGCUACUAUUCCUGCUCUGGGUCAGGGAUUUAUAUAUGAGUCGGUUCAAAAGAGCCCAAACUACAUUCGCAAGGCUAUGUUAAUGUUGUCGCCUCCUCCUGCUGCUGCUGCUACUAACAAUGUUGUUUUAUCCUCUCUGGUUAACACCGAUGAUUGUUUGGUUGUAGCUAUUUAUUGUAGCUACAAUUUAGCCUUUUGUAGACCAGGGGAUAGGGCAUGGACAGCCAUCACCAAUGAAAAUCUCCCUUUAAGGACAUCUUUUGAAGACUUUAUUUUCUAUAAUGGAAAAUUGUAUUCCAUUAAUUUAAAAUAUGAUCUUAUGAUUGUGGAGUUAUUUCCUCAUCAAAAAGUAACAAGUUGUAACAUUGCUCCCCUACCAGCAGAAGAGGAAGAAGAUCAGAAUAACUUUCCAACUGAGUUGAAAAAGUCUGCUUAUUUGGUGGAAUGUCUUGGAGAGUUGCUGAUGGUUAUUAAAUGGGGUGUUGGUUCAGUAUCCCCCAAAACUGUUGUGUUCAAGAUAUUUAAGUUGGAUCCACAACGUCUGUGUUGGAUUAAGGUGAACGACUUGGGUGAUCAAAUACUAUUUAUUGGCACAAGUACCGGUUUCUCUAUCUCGGCACUUGACUACCCUGGAUUUAGAGGAAAUUGCAUAUAUUUCACAGAUGAUUACUCUCACGAUAUUGUAUCCAUGGUACUUGGACCGACGGAUUGCCAUGAUUUGGGUGUCUUUCACUUGGAAGAUAACAGCAUUGAACCUUUUUUCUCAAAUUAUUCACAUUCCUCAUUGUCUCCACCCAUUUGGUUCACUCCAGUUUCUUGGUAG